AUGAAGCCCUUCUUUCUCGUCAGCAUGGCCUUGGCAGGCCUCUUUUAUGCUACCUCCGUUUCCGCCGUUUCCGCCGUUUUCAAGCGGGACCCUAACGUCAAGAACCUUUACUUGCUGGCAGUCGACUCUUUCAGCGACCAGGAGUCCAAAGACGCUUUUGCUAAAACCAUUUUUGCCCUUUGGCGACCGAACCGCCCUCAGCUCAUUGGCCUCAACCCGUACAGGGUCAUAAUUAGUGAGUAUGUCUCGAGGUUGAGUAACUAUCUAAGCAAAGGAUUGGAUGAAAUGGCCGCCGAUGCUUUAACCACCCUCAGCAUGUCUGGUAAUAACUCGGAUCAUCCCAUUCCAAAGGAUCAGCUGGAUGAUUUCAUACACCAGGCCAUGAUGCAGCUGGAGGAGAAUAGAGAGGCGGGUACUGGGAAAAACACGGGUCCGAAAUAA